GAAGUAGCGAGUGAGUAAAAAGGAACCAUUAACAUCUGAAGAGGAAGAGGAAGAGGCAGAGGCAGAGGCGAGGGGAAAUUUUGAAAUCCCACUCCACCCAAGUCCCUACUGCGACUCUUCAGUUCCCUCUGUCACCCUCGUUCUCCUUUGCGCAAGUGCUUCCCAAUGGCUUUCGCCUCUGCUCCCCUACCUCCAACUGCGCCGCCCCCGGCUACCUCUACGUCUCUAAGGCACGUCAGGCUUGACAAAGAAUGUGAGCUCCGAAUUGAAGUCAGUCCUGAUUCUCCGCUUCGCCUUCGCCUGCUCACUGGCACUGCCGAGAUUUUUGGGACCGAAAUCCCUCCCGAGAUUUGGCUCACUUUUCCUCCCAGGCUCAAGUUUGCUGUUUUUACAUGGCAUGGUGCUACGGUUGAACUGGAUGGUACUACUGAAACUGAUUAUACUGCAGAUGAGACACCUAUGGUCAGCUAUGUCAAUAUCCAUGCUGUGCUUGAUGCUCGAAGACAUCGUGCUAAAGCUUCCCCCAGUGAUUCUGAUACUUCUCAGGGACCACGGGUUAUUGUUGUGGGACCCACAGAUUCUGGAAAGAGUACGCUAUCAAGGAUGCUUCUGAGUUGGGCGGCUAAGCUUGGCUGGAAACCUACAUAUGUAGAUUUAGACAUAGGACAAGGAUCCAUAACAAUACCUGGAUGCAUAGCCGCAACACCUAUUGAACUUCCCAUUGAUCCAGUCGAAGGAAUCCCUUUUGAUAUGCCUCUUGUUUACUUCCAUGGCCAUGUAACACCUAGUGUCAAUGUUGAUCUUUACAAGGUAUUGGUGAAGGAGCUAGCACAAGUUCUAGAGAAGCAGUUUGCAGGAAAUGCUGAAUCUAGAGCUUCAGGCAUGGUGAUAAAUACCAUGGGAUGGAUUGAAGGUGUUGGUUAUGAGUUGCUGCUUCAUGCAAUUGAUACUUUCAAUGCCACAGUUGUUCUGGUACUGGGUCAGGAGAAGCUUUGGAGCAUGCUUAGAGAUGUCCUGAAAAACAAACCUAAAGUAGAUGUUUUGAAACUUCAGAAAUCUGGUGGUGUUGUUUCUAGGAAUGCAAAAGUCCGUCAAAAAGCCAGAGCCUAUAGAAUACGUGAAUACUUUUAUGGCCUUUUGAAUGAUCUUUCCCCACAUUCUAACAUCGCAAGUUUCAGUGACUUGUGCAUAUAUCGAAUUGGUGGUGGACCCCAGGCCCCACGCUCUGCUCUACCUGUUGGUGCUGAACCAGCUGCAGAUCCUACUCGGUUAAUCCCCGUUACUGUGAACCAAGAUUUACUGCAUCUAGUUCUAGCUGUCUCUUUUGCUAAAGAACCUGAUGAGAUCAUUUCAAGUAAUGUUGCUGGGUUCAUCUGGAUCACUGACAUUAACUUUGAAAGCAAGAAAAUAACAUAUCUUGCACCGUCAGCUGGAAAUCUUCCGGGUAAAUAUCUGAUCAUGGGAAGCCUGACAUGGUACGAGCCUUGAGUGCGAGGUGCACCGUACCCUUACAAUGAAUGAUGGGAAGUCUGCUCGCUCUUUC